AUGCGACAGUUGACAUGUUUGAAUUUUGGAUUCAAUUUGAAAUAUUUUGAAUGUUUAUAAUUCGUGAAUUAAUGUUACUUUUUGUGCUAGUUUUGGAGAGUAUAUUAUUAUGAUGGAAACAGCAACGGCUAAAAAGCCAAAAACCAUGGCAGAGCUCUUGCCUGGUUUGAGUGGUAUAUUGUCUAAGGAUGCGAUGCAAACGCUAACCGCUAAGAAGCAACCACGGCCCACGAUGGCAGCACAAAGUCGUACUGCUGAAAAAGUUCUAAAACCCCUGACUAUCGCGGAAAUGAGGGCUGAUAUUCAAGCCCUAAAAAUUCAGUCCCCAAGAAGAUUUGCUCAAGGAGCUACAUCAAACAAAAAGAAAAAUUGGAACUCUUCAGUCAAAGUAGACAAGAAGGUCAGCCACACAGCAGAUGGGCAGCUAAAGAAUAAUCCGGUCAGAAAAGUGCUCAAUUUCCAACCAAAGACCAAGGUAGUAGCUAAUUCCAGAGUUACCAUGCUUCCAAUGAAUCCUGAAACUCCAAAGUUUCCCAAGCCUGAAUUCAGAGCCAAAAAAUCUCUACAUCUACAAGCUCAUAAUAUUGUACGAAUCAGUGGGAUCUGUAACAUACCAGAGACACCACUCGUAAACAAGCCACCAAAAAGUCGGAUGACUCUUGCUAAUAAGGAAAACAUGUCCAAUCGGGCCAAUGUCCUCACCAAGAAAACAUUAGCAACUCUGAAGCCAGUUGCCCGUCCGAGGCUGGUGGUUACUACUGUACCUGAUACUCCACUUUCUAACGAGUCUUGGAAGUCAAGCUGUGAUGCCAGCUUCUUGCAGAAAGAGAAAGAAAUAAAUGACAUUGAAGAAAAAGUAAAAGCUGUUGCUGAAGAACAAACCUUGGAAAACAUUGCUGAGGUGUCACCUCCGGUCUCUACACCAUUCAAGGAAUAUAGAAACGUAAAAGAGUAUUUCAACAAUUCCAGUGAAUUAGAGAACUCUGCUGUCUUCGAUGACAACACUAUUAUGUGCUUCGAUAAACCUACAGAGAAUAAAGAUAACAAUAAGAGGGAAGAAAGUGUUAUUGUCUCCCUCUGUGACCUACUCAACAAGGCCAAAGUAACAAAUAAUGACCAGACUAGCACUGAAUUAGAAGACUUACUUGAAGUAGAGAAACAGACAGAGAACAAUAUUAAAAUGAUAGAAAAUGGUAUACAGACACUGAAAAAUAUUAAAGAUUCUCAGCUGAAAUCCUUGCAGUAUGUAAGGAAAUUGAUUAAUGAGAAAAGAAGUGGCAAAAAAGACUCUGAGAGUGAUCAUGACAAGACUUUAGUAAAUGAUGCCAAAGUUACACCUAAAAUUAUUAAGAAAGAGAGACUAAGCCCUGAAAAGAGUCCCAUUCUUGGGAAGCCUUGUUCAGUAAUCAAGUCACCUUUAAAAUCACCGUCAUACAAGAUUCCUAAGAAAAAUGUGUGCCUUAGGAAAAAAGUGUUUUACAAAUCCAUGCCAAAUGUGUCAAAUUCUAUGCAAACACCAAAUAAAGAUCCUGAAAACAGAGCACUGAAUAUGUAUAUGAAAAUGAAGCAACAAAUGAAUUUCUUGAACACACCUGUCGUAAAGCAUAAUAAGCCAUCAUAUGUUCCCGAUACACCGGCAGUUACAUCUCAUAAUUUACAAAUGCAACUAGACAAAUUGUAUGGAGGAAGCUAAGAUUAAUUAAGAUAGUUUUAUUAUCAGAAUUUAUUAAAAUUGUAUUAAAUUAAUAUAAUUAAAAUAAUCAUAAUUGUUAAGCUUUAUGCUGAAUCAAUUUGUGCAUAGGGUUGUGCUACAGGUUGGCAUAAUUUUAUUAUUAUAGUUAAUUUUAUUUGUUUACUUUGGACUCCUUAUGAUUUUUAUUAAGUUAUCCACU